AUGACAUCUUCCUCAUCUAUGACACUGUUCUCGUUAAGUUAUUUAGGCAAUUCUAUUAUCCAAAAGUCGAACGAUUGUGAGCUGGAGACAAUAUACGAGCUACUUAUGGAUUAUUAUCUGAAAUUUUUACAAAAUGUAUCCAUUUGUAAACCAACCUCAUCGAAUAAUUCGACUUCAGUAUUUUAUAAGACGACACUGCUGGAAUUUUAUGAUACUGUGAUACUAGCCAUUGGUAAUGGUCAUAUACUUAUCAAAUCGUUGGAUUAUAAGGAAGGUAACCGGAAGGAGGAGAAGUCGAAGAAACUCAUAGAAUCUCAACAAAUCGACGAAAAGUUUUCUGCUUCUGAAUUAACUUAUUUUAAUUGUUAUUAUUUUGAAGUUGUAACACCUGUUGGAAGUUCUACUAGCAGUUGUAGUAAUACUACUAAUUGUAAUAAUGUAAGUAGUAAAAACAAAAAACAUGAUAAUUGUUAUGCUUAUUUUCGUCGUAUCAUCGAUACAAGACGUUGUAUACCUGAGGAUGCAUUAAUCCGAUUAGACAGUAACAUUACAAACUGGUUAUUACGUAAUCGUACAGUAGUACGUCCACCGUUAAUCUAUUUUAUGAUUCCAAAAUUAACAGCAAAUGGUGUAAAUUGUUUAGCUUGUUAUGUCUUUCUGGCAGAAAGUAUACAAAUUGGUUUGAAAGUUCUACGUUGUUUUUCAGAAUUACGCAAAGCAUAUCCUGAGACAAAACGUUUACCAACGAACAGAUUAUGCAAAUGCAGUAGCAGUAAUAAUAGUAAUAGUAGCAAUAAUAAUAAUAAUCAUAUUAAUCCGUUUCAAAAUGAAAAACGACACUAUCAGCCGAAAAACACUGCUGAUAGACAAGAUGCAAACCAGUGUAAUUUUCAUAUGAAAUAUAUGAAUAAUGCAAGGCAUCAUUGUGAAUGUUGUCAACGAAACAUGGAAUAUUCAGAAUCUCCGGUGUUAUCACCAAGAGCGACAAAAUCACAUAUUGACUUACUACAUCGUUUAAACUGUCCGUCUACAUCAGAAACGCUGCUGAAUGCUACAUGUCCACAGUGUAAUUUGAAAUGUUGUCCAGCGCAUUCUAGUCUGUGUGAAUUACAUCGAUCAAAGUUGAUUCAAAUGAAACUUGGUAGUGAAGCAAUGGAUUAUUAUUAUAGUCAUAAUCCACAAUAUCAAACAAAACGCGCAAUGAAUUGUGAUAGUGUAUUGAAGUCAAAUAUAAGCAGAAGAGAUCGUUCAGUUCCAGCAAGAUUAGAGAAUAAAAUGAAUCAUUUACGUAUUGAUCAAUGUAAUAAAUUAUGUCCACUUUGUCAGAAUUCUAUAAAAAAUGAUAGAGAAAUGAAUGAACACUUCAGCAGGACACGUUAUCCGAAUAAAAUGAAUAAUGAACGUACACAAUCAAGUGGUAGAUAUCGUCAGUCGGGUUCACCAUCACAUUAUAUUAGUACAAAAUUUAGAGAUAACACAAGCAGUUGCUGUCAUGCACACUUGGGUGGAUCUUUGGAAUUACUUCCUUGA